AUGUCAAGCCGCCGAAAGUCUACCAUGCCUUGCAUGGUGCUACCCUCUGAAGAGUUGGAAGAGACAACUGAAAAGACAAUGGAAGUAGAAGGUGUGACUGUGGAGGAGACAACAGAAGAGGUUCACACAGCAGUGGAGCAUGAUCAAGCUGUAGUGGUUGCCCCAACACCACCAGAUAUUGGUGAGUCGAACAGCCUAGAAGAAAAAGACAUUCUCAGUCCAUCUAUUAAGUGUAGCACUACGGCCCCCCCUGACAUUCAGGGUACUACCCAGCUGAACAAGGAAAUGCAGUGUGACACAGUUGAGGAAGCAGUAGCAGAUGCCACAAGUCUUGGCGCCAUCUCACUCAGCAAGACCCCGAUCAUGAGGAUGAAGGCCAAGUGUGAACCCAAGAGGAUCGCUGUGUCGAAUAAGGCCUCAGAUGAAGCCGUGGAAUAUUUUGAAGGAGGCGUCGAGGCUGAGAUGGAAGAAGAGCAGGAGCCAAUUGAAGCACCUCUGGGGCCAAUGGUGUCCGUGGAGAUGCUGCUGAAUGACUCCAUGAAGCUUGGAGCAGGCAACCUAUUGGCCAGCCAAGCCUUAGAGCAUCCAAGGAAGUCAUCAAUUUUAAAUCCCACCGUUAUUCCUCCUGGCCUGGCCCAGGUACUUUCUGCUUUCCAGGCCCAGCAAAAUACAUCAGCUCAACCCCAAUUGCUGAUUCCUCUCAGUAGCAUUCCGUCAUAUAGCGCAGCUAUGGACAUCAACCCACUGCUGGGUAGCACUUACAAGAAGUUUCCCUAUCCCUCCAUGGCUGAGAUUAGCAGUCUAGCAGGGCAGACGCAGUUCACAGAAGAGCAGAUUAAGGUCUGGUUCUCUGCCCAACGGCUGAAGCAUGGUGUUAGCUGGACCCCAGAGGAAGUAGAAGAGGCCAGGAGGAAACAGUUCAAUGGCACUGUGCACACAGUGCCUCAAACCAUCACUGUCAUACCUGCUCACCAGCUCUCUGCUGCCAACGGCCUGCAGUCCAUUCUGCAGACCUGCCAGAUAGUGGGCCAGCCUGGCUUGGUGUUCACACAGGUUGCUCCAGGAGGGAAUCUUCCAGUUAGCAAUCCCAUCACCCUAACAGUGGCAGGUCUGCCAAGUCAAUCCCAGAGCUCCAGCAGAGUUUCCUGCCAGUCGACAUCAACAAACAGUGAGCUUAAACGGGCUACCACUGUACAGCCCCCCUCGUUAUCCCCACAGGAGAACUCAGCCCUGAGCGCUGAUACAUUCAGUAUGCGGCCCAAGAAAUCCAAAGAGCAGUUGGCUGAGCUGAAAGCCAGCUACCUUAAAAACCACUUUGUCAGUGAUGCAGAAAUUUCCCGCUUGAUGAAGAUCACCAAUCUAACCAAGGGAGAGAUAAAAAAAUGGUUCAGUGACACCAGGUACAACCAACGCAACUCAAAGAACAGCAAUGUCAUUCUUUUCCACGAUGGCGGGGGCAGAGUUGGUGGUGUUUGUAGCAGCAGCACUAACGCCACCAUUGUCAUUGACUCAAGCGAUGAAACCCCAGCAUCCCCUCAUCAGUCAUGCACACCUGCUGUGAAGGAGAAGGAAACACGGUCUAAGACGUGGAAUCCGUUCCCUGAUUUCACCCUACAGAAAUUCAAAGAGAAGACACCAGAGCAGUUGGUAGUUUUGGAGGAAAGCUUUGAGAAGAGCAGUACGCCUUCUGAUGAAGAGCUGAGUCGCCUGAGAACAGAAACUAAACUCACACGAAGGGAGAUUGAUGCCUGGUUUACAGAGAGACGGAAAAUGCCGACAUUUGGCACCACCUCUCCAGAGUCCUCUGAGGCAGGACGGAUUGACACCGGUGAAGGGAACGCUGCAGAAGUUGCCACUGAUUCGCGCGCCGCUUCCUCCUCUCGUAAAGGUAGUCAAACUCCACCUGGGGGCCGCAGUAAGCAAGUGCCGAGCAGCAGCAGCAUCAGAGACAUCAAAGAUAAGACAAAAAAGACUCCAGAGCAACUCCACAUUUUAAAAAGUGCCUUUGUGCGGACUCAGUGGCCUACAACUGAAGAGUAUGACCAGCUUGUUGAGGAGAGUGGCCUACCCCGACCCUACAUUGUCAGCUGGUUCGGGGACUCACGGUACUCAUGGAAGAACGGCAAUCUUAAAUGGUUCUUUCAGUAUCAAAGUGGCAGCAUGGAGGGCCCGAAUGGUGGCGGAAGUCACAAAAUCGGAGGUGGUAGCCGAAAAAGACGUGCGCGAAAUCGUGGUUGGGGAAGAUCCCGAACACGUAAGCAGCCAAGGCGGUCAGCAUCUUUUGGUUCAGACUCUGACAGAUGCCCCCCGCCAAAGAAAUUUAAAAGUGGGAGGGACAUCUUGAAGGAGUAUUAUCUGAAGCACCGCUUUCUCAAUGAGCAGGACCUGGAUGAGCUCGUCACCAAGACAAACAUGAGCUAUGAACGGGUGCGAGAAUGGUUUGCUGAGGUCCAGCGACACCUUGACGUGGGGGCAGACCCCUUUCAGGAGCCGGCUUUCAGCAGGACGGCAGAAGGAGAGGGGGCUGAUGAACUAAGCGGAGAGGGGUCACACGCGAACAAGGCACCAAGGGGUGAUGAUAUGGAAGAUGAAGAGGAAGAUGAUGAAGAUCAUGACGAAGAGGAUACUGAUGACAGUGAGGUUUGGGAGCCAUCACGCAGUGUUAGAAAGUCCUUAUCUGUAUCUGAAGACUAG